UUUCAUUCUCUUCUACGAAGGCCGAAAGGCAGAUUUUUGAAAAUAAGGGGAAAUUAUUCCUUAAAAUAAUGAGCUUACAAACCCUUACAAAGAGCAUUCGAGAUAAGAAUGGAAAUCGCGUAGAACAAGUCGAGCUGGCUUACAAUUUAUGCCAUAAUAAUAUUCCGACUUACUUUCCUAAUAAAGAAGAAUUUGUGAUAACAUUUCUAUUAGACAGAUUAAAAGAAGACACAAAGAUUGGACAUUAUGAAACAUGUCUAAACAUUAAAUACUGGGACUUGUUAUUUUUCGUCUGGAAUUCUGAUAAGAUUUCCACUAGUUUUAAGGUAAAUUCAGUUCGAAGACAACCAAUUCUUCCAAUUAUUACUGAUGUGCUUAAUGUAUUAAGUACACGAUUUGACAAGUCUGUGUUUCUGAGUGUAUGCAAAAACUUUGUUACUGUCUAUAGCUCUUCCGAUAUUUUAUAUUCUUCCAGAUCCUUUCCCGACCAAGUAUCUGAUUUAUUAUCACGAUUCUGCCAUAUCUUUGCUCUGCAUCCAAACACCGCUGAUGAUGCUAUUGCAGAUAGUCAAAUUCAAAAGGUAUUCUGCAAACUUAUUUCUUCUUCAUUGCGAGCAACGUCCAAUACUUUAAAAGCCAGUGUUUAUUUCCUAAGUCGUUCACUAAACGGGAUCUUGCAGCUUCUCUCAAGUGUCGAUAUAGAAAACAAGAACUACGAAUUUAUUAAAAGUAUUUUGACAACUUGCAUACUUAGUCCGUCUACCCUAGAAGCACUGGUCGCCAAAAAGGAGAGCAAUGAAAAUCUCUUUUCUCUCCUUAAAAAUUUAUCUGUUGAUCAAGUGGAUUUAAAAUCUGUUCCAAGUCUUUUCCAAAUCUUUUUAGAUUCUAUUUCCUCAUUUAUGUCUGAUUCAGGAAAGCAUAUUUCGCAGCAAAAAGCUUCCGAUCUCACUUACAAGCUAUUUGUCGAACAUAUGAAAUAUUUAUUGACUCAUGUGGAAGCUCCCGAUACUACGGUUUUCGAAGCAUUUCGUUUGCUAUGCGAAAUGCUUGAAUCUGACAAGGUUCAUCGAGGGAAUCCGGACAAAACGACUUUCGACAUGUUGGUUACUCUCGCCAGACUGUGCAUGGAUAAUUUGUCUAAACGUGAUAACAGACCAACAUUAUGGAGAAUUUUUGCAUCUUUAUUGAAUAUCGAUUUUGAUUCAGUUUUACCAUUGUCGAACGAACUUUGGAACUUCAUUGAUGUCUGCCAUCCGGAAGAAAAUCAAAGUAUACUUGUGUACCUAAAAAGAUUAAUAAGUGCCCAUGUGCGAGCACGAAGCUUUUUGGAUUUUUGUUUUAGUUGGAAUAGUUCAUUACUGAGAACAACUAGUUCACAUACUUUAUAUUUUAGUCACGAACUUGCGAGUAUGGUAUCUGCAUCGGUGGAAGCAGCAUUUACUCCUUCUUCUUUAAAUGAGUUAAUUUCACAAUUGUUAACUUCUGUUUUGAACGCAACCUCAGAAUCUCGCUAUAAUCCACUUCUACUUUAUUAUACUAUUCUUUGUGGUAUUAAAUCUCGUCAUUACGCUGAAUCAAUUGAAGAGAAGAUCUACGAUUUUUAUCAUCAGGUGUUUUUUCCUUGCUUAUCCACGGAUUAUGGGAAUAUGAAGAAAGAAUCUAGAAACGUUCUGUUAAUGUCUCAUUAUGUCAACAUGGAUAAGUCACUCUCUUAUGUAAAUUCUACAUAUCCUGAAACUGCUCCUGUCCUUUUAAGGUCACUCGAUAGUGGCUUGGAAGAAUCUGCUGACCAUACAUGGUCCUUGCAAGUUCUAUUAUGUUAUUUUGAAAAAUUACGCUUUAAUACAGAAAAAGUAUUCGACAAUGAAACAUAUUGCUCGGUUGUUAAGUCUGCAAUCUUCCGAUCGAUGCUGUAUUUGGAUUCCCAAGAUCCUCCAGAGUCCGUAGACUUGCCAGUUAUCGAUACUUCUUCUUGUGGCUUAACUAUCACUUUACUGCUAAGAUGGUUACGACCAGUUAAUCUUUGUUUAUCGAGGGAUGAAUUGACUAGUUGGUUGUUUAAAGUUUGUGAGAAACUAUUACGAAACUCGUCUUCACCUAAAUCCCAAGAUCAGAUAUUACUUUUGAAUGCCUGGAGACUUUUUUUACAAAGUUCUGAGACAUAUGAGCUCACUGUUGUUUUUGAUGGUCUUUUGAGCACGUUUUCGCGCCUUAUAUAUCCUGAGGAUGUCCCUAGUACCUCUGACAUAGUCAGUUUUUACGAAUCUAAUAAGGAGAUUAAUGUGAAAUUUACCCCAGGAAAUCUUAGGUUUGUUUUGGAUUGUUUAGAAUAUCUUCCAUUAAGAUAUAUUCAGAAACAUUAUCGUAUCCGCAUAUUGAACAUUAUGUGCUCUUUCAAAAGAGAUUUACUGGUAGACAAGCCUGAUAUUAAAUGCUCAUUAUACGGAGUGCUGGCAAGGCUGGUGCAAGUUCCUUGCUCUGCUGCAUUGUAUAAUUGUUACCAAAUUGUCUAUCAGAUUAUCAGUGACUUAAAUUCAGAGACUCCGGAAGACUGCGAGAGAGAUAUGAAACUGACGAUUAAGUAUUGGAUCGCGCAUAUCGACAGCGAGAAUAAGACUAACGUGCUGAAUGACCUUAUAGGAUACUUACUUGAAAAACAGGGACAUGUUCCUAUGUAUGGUGUGAGUGUUUUUUUAAAUGAAUUGGUGCAAUAUAUUCCAAGUAUUCGACAAGCACCGAACGAUGAAGAAGUCGUUUCCAAGCUCAAACUUUGUUCGGGAAUGGUUUUAAACGAGAUUUCAUAUACUUUGGAUAAUUUUGAAGUUUUACAUAUAGCACUUUUGACAAAAUUAUUGGAGUGUUGCAAUUCCUUUUUGCGUACAUUUCAACCAUCUGAAGCUGAGAAAGAGCUGUAUUAUAAGGUUAGGACGAGAGUUGAGGCCGCAGCGUCUUCAUUGAAUGCUGCUGACUUCAAUCUUUCAUUUCUCGAGACAUGGAUAUCGUACCAGUCAUUGUUGGUAAAUGAUAAACUUGAUUUUCUAAAGUUGAUUGCACAGUUAGUCUUUUACAGAAGAUUACUUCAUGAAUUUACUUUAAGAAGUGCAGAUAUCGCAAGUGCUAUCUCUAAGCUGACUUUGGAUGAUUGUUCCGGUGUUAUUGCUGAAGUUUUAUCAACCAUUUUACAUAGUCAAGAUGCUUUAGACAACUCAAUCUUACUAAAAGUUAUUACCUUAAUUGCUAGGUGUUCCGAUAUAUUUGAAGUCAAUAAAAACAUGACUAGCUUGGUACUAUGUCUUUGUUCUGGACUACUUAUACAAAGUGACGAAAACGAUGUGUUUACCGUUCUUUCAAUUUUGGACGUGUUGGACGUAUUUGCAAACAAAAGCUCCAAGGUAUGCAACGUCGAUUCCUUCAAUUUUAUUAUAUCGAGCCUGUCUUCAUUGUUAAGCUCGCGAAAAUCAAUAAGCUGCUCUUACGAUGAAAAUUUGAUUAUUUCUAGGAUUAUUUCCGUGUUAAGAGGAAUGCUCUAUAACCAUCGUUCUUACAUGAGUGGUCGUUUUCAUGUACUUUUUGGCAUUCUUAAAAAAGUCCUACACUGCAUGUUCAAAAAGACUACAAAUUCUUUCUCCAAGGCUGACAAUGUAAUUAGAACACCGAAAUGGUUCAAACCGUCAAUGAUGAUAUCUGAUUAUAACGUUAUAGCAAUGUCAAGGCUAUUAAAUACUUGGAUGAAUCCAAAUUUAAUGCAUGAUUCAAAUAAAAAAGCGUCUACACUGACAGAUAGUGAAAGGCAAUUUAUUAAAGCGUCAACGAAACAUUUCGUUUUUCUUCUAAUUGAGUUCCUUUCUUUGCAGGUCAAUUUUAUGAUCGAUCUGGAUGCUAAGGAGCGCCUUACGGAAGCGUUUUAUUCGGUUUACGGUAACUUAUCCACAUACGAAAAGCACAUGGCGUCCACAUCAAUGAACGCCCCAACAAGAUCUUUGUUCCAUAGAUUCGUUGAUAAUUGGUCACGUUUUGCAAAAUGGCAAGAAUCAUGAUUCACAUAGACAGGUCAUUAAGGGAGGUUUAUUUAAUUCUCGAAGCCAUAUAGAUAAUAUCCUAAAAUUUUGGUUAGAUAGGAAUUAGUAAUAUAAGGGUAUUUAAGUCUGAACUUACAUCAAUGUAGGAAGAAGAAUUAUGGAUCGUCGUUCCGGCUAAGACCACUCGAAUUCCAGGAUGCGUGGCAUUAAUUUCAGAAAUAAAGCGCGCUUCUUCAUACGUGGCACCACCAACCAUCAUGAUAAUUAUAUCCUGAGGUUUUUCAUGAGCAUUAUGAGCCGGAACAUCAACGUCGUAGUAUGGAUGUGUACUUUCUUUUAGUUUCCCUUGUAUUAAGUCUUCAACAAUUGUUUUGAGGAAGGGAUUGUGUUGUAUAUAAACAUUUUCUACACCUCGCAAUCCUUUGAAUCCACUACGAGCUCUCGAAAAUAUGUUUGAAGGUGGGAAAAUAUCUCCUUGCCGAGCGCCGGCUCCUGAAAGGUGUAGUAAAGUCGGAAUGAUAGCAGCUUUUAUAGGACUCACACCAUUUGCCAACAACAGUCCUUGAAGAGAGGCUACUUUCGCAGGGUCAAUCUUUUCAAAUCGAAGUGCAUACAGCGAAGCCAAACGAAGCUUUGUAUUUUCUGAGAUACUAGAGGAUAUCAAUCUUUGAAUGUAGGAAAAAUUGAUAGCUUCAGCUUCAUUGCAAACCAUUGAUUGUUCUACUUCACCUAUCUCUAACAGGUUCUCCUGUUGAACUUUCAACGAGAUUUCGCUAACUAGGGAAACAUGUUUGUUUACAUUUCCAGAAAGCCUUCUGUAUUCAGGGUAGGUUUCCAAAAACUGUUUCAUGUCAGCAAUACUUUCAAUUUCAUUAGCCUUUUUCAUAGACUUCGUUUGCAAAUGAGACACAUAUUCCUUGAUUUUGACACCAAGUUUUCCGAAAUUAUCAAAGCGUGUUUCGUUAUAAAAUGGAUCAAGAGUAGGGUUUAAAACAAUUUCAGUUGUCUCACCUGGUACGCUUGUAUUCUGAAAACUGACACGUCCAUUAUUUAUUCCAAAAAGCUCAUGUACCAUGGCCUGAUAUGUCCAUUGCGUUAAUAAUGGGGUAAUUGGAUCAUUCUUCCUAUCCAAUAUAAGUAAAAUAGUAGGAGUAUCAGACUUUCGGAAAUUAAAUAGCUGAGUUUCAUUCUGUGUAACGUAUCCGAUUUCUUCGGCAAGCUUUAAGCUAAGGAAACUAUUUACAUCAUAACGAAUCAAAGGUUUCUUUUUCAAAGAUAGUAAAAGUGAGAUUAAGCCUUGUUGAGUACGCUCUAAGGAAGAAUCCAACCAGGAGUCUGGAGUGUUAUCGAUUAUGUGAGGUACAUUUAAAGAUGCGAGGUCAUUGUUUACUACCAAAUAGUCCAAAAAUAUUUCCUAAAAAGUACGUUAAUCACUAAGCAAAGACAAGGACUUACUUGAACACUCUUAACCACCUCAAAAUCAUCUGACUCAGCCAAUCGCUCCAGAAAGCUUUUGGACAAGAUGUUGGAGAAGUACAAAUGGUACUCUGAAUAUUUUGGAUCACGUAGCUCCUCACAUAGAAAACGUAAGGUCUGAGUUGUUGGCCUCAGAAACGCAAUGCAUUUCAAGUGUCUAAGCUUUUCUCUUUGGUUUUCAACAAGGCUAGGGAAGUUCAUAAUUAGCUUGUACCCUAAAAACCCAACUUACACAGUUAAAUAAAUUUGGUGCUCUAAGAGAUUUGACUGAGUUAUACUAGAAGAGACUAUUCUAGUAGUUUCUCUCUCUAGUAAAAGGACCUUCAAGUCGGGGACCUCCUGAAACAUUCGCUUAAAAUACGAUUGAGCAGAAAGAUUCAAGUCCAUUUUUCGCUUUUCUUAUCAAAAUUGGGUAAAUUAAAUAAAAGUUGAAUAAGAACAAAACUUAGAAGGCUUGUAUCACGAUUCACGGUUCAACUGUUUCUCAAUUCUUCAGACAACGAACACAUAUGGAUCAAUUGAAACCCAAUAUCUAGUAGUAAAUAACCAAAUUGUAGAUGUAUAAUUCUAUAGGAUUUGAAGAUCGAUAUUAUGAGUACCAACACUUGCGAAGUACGAGUUGAAGUAAAGGAGAAGAGUACCGGACUUAUAACAUCUUAGCAAUGCCCAGCAUGGUAGAGUUGCGAUUCCAGCAAUUUCAUCAGAUACAGCACGGAAACUAAUAGAAGUUACAACAUACUUUAAAGUCUCCAUAUUCUUUGCC